AUGUCACCCCACCAAUCCCUACUCCCUCAUGCCCUCUACAUCUUCUUACCGACCAACCUUCCAAGAGCCAAGCCCAUCUCACAACGACAGACCCUUAAUCCCUCACAUCUUCUCACUCCCCCGCCUCCCAGGAUCCAAGCCUAUGUCACUGCGGCAGAGGCUGGCAGUGCUGGGGCGAAGCCCAUGUCGCUGCAGCAGCGGCUGGCAGUGCUGGUGGACGUGGCGGAUGGGCUGAGCUUCCUCCACAGCCGUCGGAUCGUGCACCGCGAUGUCAAGCCCGCCAACGUGCUGCUGGAUGCUGACAUGCGGGCGAAGGUGGCGGAUUUUGGGUUCAUGCGGAAGAUGGAGGCGACCCAGGUGAACACCACCAGGGUGAUGGGCACACCGGGCUAUGUGGACCCUGAAUACCAGCAGACCCGCCUCGCCACCACUGCUACCGAUGUGUACAGUUUCGGAGUGCUGCUGCUGGAGGUCAUGACAGGCAGGGAGCCCAUCCUCUCUGUAGAUGGCUCGCAGUCUCACAUCCGGGAAUGGGUGGCUGCAGAGCUCUCCACUGGUGACGUCAGCUCUAUCAUAGACCCACGGAUGGUCUCCCCUGCCGCGUCUGGUGCCAGCAUGGUGCAUGCUGACGUCAUGCAGAGCCUUGCAUCGCUGGCACUGGCAUGCACUGCCAUGCCCGCUGCUUCGCGCCCCUCCAUGGCUAAAGUGCUCUCACAGCUGAAGCAGCUGCACCAGGAGGUGGUGAAGCGGGAGGGGGAGAGCGGAUUGGAGCAAGGGAGAGGGCUGGGGGGACUGGGAACGGGGGGAGGGAAUUGGUUGAUGAGGGACUACCGUGUGAGCCCUGCAGCUGAGUCUGCAGUAAGGGGUGUAAGUGCAGUGAGGGGAACGACAGAUGACGAAGGCAGUCUAGAAGAGGAUGAGAGCUUGACUGUUGGUGAGGUGACAAGUGGGGAAGUAAGUAGGAGCAUAGGUGAUGACCACAACUGA